AUGGCAGGCACUAAAAAGCCCCCGAGGAUUCCCCAAGGCUUCCGAGCAUGGUAUGAGCGAUUAGUCCACAUGGUCCAUCAUUCCGAAUCCGAAAUCCCCGCCCCUGUUGUUGCGCAUAUCGAGCAGCCUUUCUCCCCUGGUCUCCCGCAUUUGAACCCCUCCGAUAUGACCUUACCUCAAACAGAGAGGGCUUUCAAUAUAAAGCCGGCCCAUGGCUAUCAGAGUUGGCAGUUUUCUUCGAUACAUGUUCCUCUUCCGGCUGAAUUUAAUCUCUGGCUGCAGAAAUAUGACGAGUUGACCGAGCUUUCUGUCUUUACUGAAGCAAAGUCCCGAUGUCGAGUAGACGCUUUGAUAGUGGCAGCAUACCGCAGCCUAUCAGAUCAAGGACUGCUCCAAAACCCUGCUGGCACUCGAGUGACUUUGGCUCUAGAGAGUCCUUUGGCGUGGGGACCUGUCCUCCACCAAAAUGUCCCACAUACGUGCAUUGGGACGGCAGAUUACAGUCUCCUUUUUGGAGAGAAGGACCAUAUGGCCUGUCAUUUGGUUAUUAUCGAAGCCAAGAGACGCGGCUGUUUCCCAGAUCAGGGCCAAAUCCUCGCCUAUAUGGCGAUGGUACAAGCCAACAGAAGAUCAAGGGGGCAGACAAAUUGGACGGUUUGGGGGGCCCUGACAGACGGCUGGGUCUUCCAUUUUUACCAACUAAAUAUGGAGGGAGAGUGGUCAGUUCUGGGAUUACAGACCGAGAGAGAAGGCUGGCAAGCAAUUGCCAGCAUGUUCGGAUCCAUCGUCCUACAUGCACAACAGGCAUGCAACUCCCCCUUUCGACUUAGUCUAUCUUCAAACCAAGCGCCUGCCUCCAAACGGCAAUCAGCGGCUUCUGCGGCGCCUAGAAUCAGUUCCCUUCAGUUGGCACCAAUGGAGGAGUUUUUGAGCGAGCUCGAGGAUGCUCUAGAUGUUGACACUUAA